AUGGCAUACAUCUUUUGGAUUGCUGACAUUUGCAUCUUUGCCUUUUUCAUGGUGUUGAGUAGCCUCCGUGCCAUGAUGUAUCCACGUGUCGCCAAAAGCGUUUUGAAGGACUUUUCGAAAACUAGUUAUCUGGGCACUAUGGUCGUCGCAUUUGAGACCAUCAUCUUGGGAAUAGCCAGCUUCUACUCGCAUCACCAAGCAGCAAUGUACGUUGCGGAAGUCAUGUACUGGAUCGCAGCAGCUUCUAGCAUAUUCGUUGCUUGCGUCGGUAUUUUCUUCAUGUACGAGCGUCAGCCUCAGCACUCUUUCUCCGAUAUUACCGGGGUCUGGUUCUUGACUUUUAUCCCACUCAUUGUCGAAUCAACCGUUGGGGGAGCCAUCGCGCCCCAACUCGCUUAUAAGAAUAGCGUCACAGUCCUGGUAACAUCUUUUCUCAUGUGGUCGGUGGGAGUCGGCAUGUCUACGAUCAUUUUACCCCUGUACCUGUGGCGGCUAAUGAGUUUUCAACUUCCGCCACGAGAAGCGAUAACUAGCACAUACAUACCGGUUGGCCCUUUUGGGAUGGGAGCGUACUCGAUCCAGCAGCUGGCGAUGGUUUUCGCAAGCCACAUCACCAAGCACAGAUUCUUCUUGGGACGCACAUCCCAUGUACCGAACGAUGAGCCAACAUUGGCUACUAUUUCUGAGGUGCUUCACUGGAUAGGGAUUCUAGUGGCCUUGGUUCAGCUCGGGAUCGCCUCCUUUCUUGUGGUCGAAGCAUGCCUAUCGGUAUUCGCUAAGGUGCCGAAGAAGUUCAACGUCGGCCAGUAG